UGAUGUCAGUCGCGUUUUUUUCUUCUUCUUCUUUUUGUGGUGCUGUUUCUCAUAUCAUGUUCAUGUGGCUGACCUGCUUUCAUGCUUCUACAGUCUUACGUGUUACUUCAAAGUAACUCACAUUUUUCACCCACUUAAGGAGCGACUACUUUUGCAUUUACUCUGAGUGGGGGUUAUUAUUUAAGGCCCACUCUGUGCCCAUGGAUCUACUAUGUGCUAGAAUCUUUCUUCUUGUAGUCACAGGAGCUUUGAUCAGUAAUACUUUUCAAGUGGAAGAACUGAAUGUCCAAUUGGAACCAAAGAACAGCACAGUCUGUGAAGGAGACUCCGUCACACUCAACUGCACUUUUCAACCGGCUGGAAAGUACAAAGUGAAAUGGUACUAUAGCCAGACUAACUUAGGCUGUAACUCUGCAACAGACGGAAUUAGUACAGAAAAUAAUGACAAUUGGUCAACAUUCAACAUUCCUUCCAUCAAGACCAAUGACAGCGGAUGGUACUUCUGCAAGGUUACGAGAGAUAUUCCUAUUCUAAUAGAAAGCUGCAGUGAUGGAAUACAAGUUCUGGUCUAUGCCAACAAAACCCCAGAGAAUCAGACGCCAAAUCCCACUACAGAAGAUUUACCCAACACUUGCAUGACGACUACAAUAACCUCUACACCAUCGUCAGAUCCCCCCAGUUUUGAUCAUCCGUGGUGGAUAUGGGUAGCGCUGGCAGUUGGAUGUGUCGUACUAGUUGUGUCAAUUGUUGUCAUAUACAUCUUAACUCGCAAACCUAAAGACAUCAUUUAUGAGAACACCAAACCAGUGGAAUCGGGCUGCUGGAGGCGAAAUCGGAAUCAGAUGGACAUCUGCAACUUGCCUGCAUCCAAAAAAACUGAAACCAUUAAACCGCUGAGGAAGUAUGACACUCUUUCAAGCAACAGGAACCGCAGGCCAUAAGUAUUGGGCUACAUAUAGAAGAAUUGUCCACUGAAAACUAUGGAAGCCUGUUUAAGCCACAUAAGUAUGGUAAAGACAUAAUAAAUCAUAAUUAUGAGAUGAAAAGUCGAAAUAAUGUUUUAAAAAGUUGUAAUUAUAACAUAAAAAGUCAUAAUUUUGACUUUGUCAACUUUUUAUGACUUUUUGUCAUA